AUGGCGCAUCCACUGUCCCUCCGAGACCGACAGGUCGCAUCGAUACAAAAGCUUCUCAACUUGAACCAUGACACACAACCUACAGAUGAUAACACUCUUGAUCAAGCUGGUCAUGGAGGCCUCGUCUCCCACUCUACCCCGAUAUUAAAUGAAGAUGGCGACCCAAUCUGGAAAGUCCUGGUCUUUGACACCAUGGGACGUGAUGUCAUUAGCAGUGUUCUGAGGGUGAACGAUCUUCGAGCUUGGGGUGUCACCAUCCAUCUAGGUAUCAAUUCCCAGAGAUAUCCUAUUCCCGACGUCCCUGUCGUCUAUCUAGUGGAACCAAAUGCUGCAAACAUCGAGGCGAUCACCCAUGAUCUCUCCCAUGGGCUCUACUCCCCCGCCUACGUUAACUUCCUAUCCUCUGUCCCUCGGCCACUACUUGAGGAUUUCGCCUCCCAAAUAGUCUCAUCUGGUGCCUCGGAGAAUAUCGCACAGGUCUUCGAUCAGUACUUGAACUUCAUUGUCGCCGAGCCAGACCUCUUCAGUUUGGGUCUGGGAAACGAUGCAUACUACAAAAUCAACAGCGCCAAAACUAGUGAUGAAGAUCUCGAUGCCAUUGUCGAUAAGGUGGUCAGCGGUCUCUUCAGUGUGAGUGUGACAAUGGGCUCAAUCCCUAUCAUUAGAUGCCCCAAGGGCGGCGCUGCCGAAUUGAUCGCAACAAAGCUGGACCGCAAACUUCGAGAUCACAUCCUCAACUCUAAGGAUAACCUGUUUUCAGGUGGCCAGCGAGCUCUUCCCGGCGUACCCUCCAGUCGACCCGUAUUAAUUAUCAUGGACCGUAAUGUCGACUUGGUGCCUAUGCUUUCACACUCCUGGACAUAUCAAUCCCUAGUGCAAGAUGUGCUGCAAAUGCGCUUGAAUCGGAUUACUCUCGAUGUAGAGGGGGGCGGUAAAAAGGCCUACGAUCUGAACAGCACCGACUUUUUCUGGCAACGAAACGCCGGAGCACCAUUUCCCCAGGUUGCCGAGGAUAUCGAUGCCGAGUUAACACGAUACAAGGAGGAUGCCAAUGAUAUCACCAAAAAGACCGGAGCUUCUUCAAUCGAGGAUCUUCAGAACGAUACUAGCGCAUCGGCGCAACACCUCAAGGCUGCCAUCACCCUACUCCCUGAGUUGCGGGAGCGCAAAGCUGUUCUUGAUAUGCACAUGAACAUUGCUACUGCCCUGCUCAAGGGUAUUAAAGAUCGUCAACUGGACAACUUCUUUGAAAUGGAGGAGAAUGUUACCAAACAGUCGAAGACACAAAUCUUGGAGCUGAUUAAUGAUCCGGUGAAAGGUAGCAACCCGCAGGACAAGCUUCGUAUUUUCAUCAUCUGGUUCCUUAGCACCGAGACGGAACUCAACCGCUCGGAAAUGACGCAGUUUGAAGAGGCUCUCACAAAUUCCGGCGUGUCAGAUGUUACAUCUCUCUCUUAUGUCCGCCAAGUUCGUGAAAUUACCCGGAUGACUAUGAUGGCCACGGCGGCCCCAGAGCAGCAAUCCUCCGACUUGUUCCGUGGAUUCUCCUCACUCUCCAACCGUCUCACAGAUCGUAUCACCUCUGGUGCCCUGGGUGCGAACUUCGAUUCACUAAUCUCCGGUGUCAAGAAUUUCCUUCCCGCCAACAAGGAUCUUACCGUGACCAAGAUCACUGAGUCGAUCAUGGACCCGGCCUCUGCUUCCAGCUCAGCAAUCGCCAAGACAGAAAACUAUCUUUACUUUGACCCCCGUAGUGCUAAUGCACGAGGUGCUAUGCCUCCAGCCUCCGCGUCGCGAAACCAACAGGUGCCUGGCGCAAUGGGUGUUGUGGGUCCUGGCACACAAGCAACCUUUGGCCAACGCCGCCAGGCCUUCAAUGAGGCCAUUGUCUUCACAGUCGGUGGUGGCAGUAUGGACGAGUAUGGUAACUUGCAGGAUUGGGUCAACCGAACCAGUGGCCAACCCGGCGCUGAUGGUUCACAGUCAGCCAAUCGUUCACCUGGACUUCGACGCAGAGUGGUUUAUGGAAGUACGGACUUAAUGAAUGCCAGUGAAUUCUUGUCGGAUUCGUUGAACCCGUUGGGUCGUGAAGGCUAA